AUGGAUUUCGAGGUCCCAAAAUACUAUGCAAAUGUGAACUUAGAGCUUCCCAGAGAUCACAGUGACUACGACAAGUUAAGAAUUCAAUGGGGCAACCAAGACGACUACGAAGUUACUAAAAAAAUCGGCCGAGGGAAAUAUUCAGAGGUUUAUGCAGGCUUCCACUCACAAACUCAUCAGCCUUGUGUAGUAAAAAUCCUCAAGCCUGUAAAAAAGAAAAAAAUCUUCCGCGAGGUAAAAAUCCUCCAAGUCUUACAAGACGGGCCAAAUAUUGUAAAACUCCUGGACAUUGUAAGAGAUCCUAUAUCAAAAACCCCAUCACUGAUUUUUGAGCACAUAAACAACGUGGAUUUCAAAGUUUUUUUCCCAACUUUGGUCGAUUUUGAGGUCAGGUAUUACAUGUAUGAAAUUGUCAGAGCUCUUGAUAGGAUUUUUUUAAAUGUUUUUUAAAAUUUUAUAUAAAAAAAUAGGAAAAAUUUGUAGGGACGCUAUUGAUUAUUGCCAUUCUCAAGGGAUCAUCCAUAGAGACAUAAAACCUCAUAAUGUGAUGAUUGACCAUACUACAAGAAAACUAAGGGUCAUUGACUGGGGACUUGCUGAGUUUUACUAUCCUGGACGCGAAUACAAUGUAAGAGUCGCAUCAAGAUACUACAAAGGCCCAGAGUUGCUAGUAAACGACCAAUAUUAUGGCUAUACCCUUGACAUGUGAAGCCUAGGGGCUACAAUUGCCGCAAUUGUAAAAGAUAUUUAGAUAUUUAAGAAAGAGCCUUUCUUCCAUGGUGACGAUAAUUAUGACCAACUUAUUAAAAUCGCAAAAAUCCUUGGGGUUGAUAAGUUGAUGGAAUAUCUAGACAAAUAUGAGCUAGAAUUAGAUGACCAUUAUAAUGGAAGAUUCAAAAAUUACCCCAAGAAGAAAUGGUCAAGCUUCGUCACGUUGGAAAAUCAGCAUUUAGUCAGCCAAGAAGCCUUGGAUUUUCUUGAUAAAUGCUUAGUUUAUGACCAUGUAAAGAUUAUUUAGGCUGAAAGAAUUACAUCAACUGAUGCAUUGUCUCAUCCUUAUUUUGCACCAGUUAUAGAAAUGUAUAAGAAAAUUGAUGCGGAGAUUAUUGAUUAUAGCCCUAAUUCGCCGGAAUACCAGACUGCUCAGAUAUUGCUGAGACAAAGAAAUAAUAGAUAA